UAUGAGUACUCUAUCAAAGAUUGUAGGAUUGUGGGUCCCUCUUUUUUUAACCAGCAACAAGCUUGGAUGCGUCUCCGGUCUCCCUCUCUUUGGCUCUCAUUUUUCUCUCUCCUCCUAUUUUCUUUGUUUUAAUUACAAUUUUUUCCCAAAACUCUUCGCCAAACUCAAAAGCCAAACACCCCUUCUUUCUCUCUCCUCUCUCACACAAACUCUACUCUUCACCCACCUCGGAAAAAUUAAACAAUAAAGGAAAAUUAUACUCACUUAUACACACUCUCAGUAAAAGAUUAAAAAUUUGGGUAGAAAAAAAAAACAGAGGAGAUAUAACAGAGUACCUAAAACAGAGCAACUCAAAAUUCAUAUUUGUUCCAUUUAGUUUUUCUAAUUGUUUGGUGGGUUUUUUUUUCUGAAGUAGUUUUACAAAUGGAAUUUUGGACGUCUUCUCUUAAGGUGGACGAGGAAUUUCAAAAGUUGGUCUUGCGUAUGAACCCACCAAGGGUUACGGUGGAUAAUUCAUCAAGUAGAAAUGCCACUUUGAUUAAGGUAGAUAGUGCUAAUAAGAGGGGUAGUUUGUUGGAGGUAGUUCAAGUUCUAAAUGACAUGAACCUAAUCAUCAGAAGGGCUUAUAUUUCUUCAGAUGGAGAGUGGUUUAUGGAUGUGUUUCAUGUCACGGAUCAACAUGGGAAUAAGCUAUAUCAAGAUGACGUAGCAGAAAAAAUUCAACAGUCACUAGGGCCAAGAGCACGUAGCUUUCGAUCAAGGAGAUCUGUGGGCGUGCAAGCUGCUGUGGAGCACACAACCAUUGAGCUGACAGGAAGGGAUAGGCCAGGCUUGCUCUCAGAGAUCUUUGCGGUCCUCACAGACCAUAAAUGCAACGUGGUGGCAGCCGAAGUCUGGACCCACAGUUCAAGAAUGGCAUCAGUUGUGUAUAUCACUGAUGAAGCAACAGGGUCGGCUAUCUAUGAUCCUGAUCAUCUUACUAAGAUUGAAAACCUAUUGCUAGCAGUGCUUAUGGAGGAUCGUAACAAAAGGACUACUAAUACUUUAGUCUCAGUUGGAGGCACUCAUACUGAGAGGAGGUUACAUCAGAUGAUGUAUGCAGACCGUGAUUACGAUAUGAUGAACUUGACUGGUGUAAAUCCUGGGUCUGGUCACCCUAUAAAACCACUUGUAACUGUGGAUAAUUGCUUGGAGAGGGGGUACACCGUUGUAAACUUGCGCUGUCCUGAUAGACCCAAACUGCUUUUCGAUACAGUUUGCACUUUGACAGAUAUGCAGUAUGUGGUUUACCAUGCCACUCUCAUAGCCGAAAGCCCAGAAGCUAGUCAGGAAUAUUACAUUAGGCACACUGAUGGAUGCCCUAUUAGCUCAGAAGCAGAGAGGCAACGGCUAAUAAAUUGCCUAGAGGCUGCCAUAAGUAGACGAACUUCUGAGGGUAUAAGAUUGGAACUAUGUAGUGAUGAUAGAAUUGGGCUGCUCACUGAUGUAACGCGAAUAUUCAGAGAGAAUGGCCUGUCAGUCACCCGAGCUGAGGUAACUACUCGAGGGUCUCAAGCUGUGAACGUAUUCUACGUGAUGGAUUCCUCAGGAAAUCCAGUGAAACCCGAAACAAUUGAAGCAGUUCGGAAAGAGAUUGGGCUGACGAUUCUCCAAGUAAAAGAAGACGAGUACUCGAAAUCACCUCCUCAAGAAAGUGGAAGGUUUUCCCUAGGAAAUCUGUUCAAAUCAAGAUCAGAAAAAUUCCUAUACAACUUAGGGCUCAUAAAGUCAUACUCUUAAGCAGUUUGUUGGUGAAGUAGUAAGCAAAUUAGUGAUUUAGCCCACUGUAUAUGUCUCUUUUUUAGGUAAUUUGGGCACAAAAUUCAAUUAGGUUUGACCAAAAAGGCAAACAAUUCAGUAGAAAAAGCUUUUUAAACUGAUCUUCUGUUAAAUCUUUGGUUCAGCAACAAAAGCUUUUUUCUUAAUUGCAGUCCACAUAUUUAUCCUGUAAAGGCUUCUUGCAGAAUAGUACUAGAUUGUAAAUUCUAUCAUCUUCACUUCCUUUAAAUAGGAAGGAACACUGUAAAUACAAAUUAUUUUAUGUCAACCUCA